AUGUCUCCGAUAAAAUUACCAAGUGAGACCCCUCCAGCUCAAUACGACGUGAUAGUCGUCGGUGGCGGCCCUGUAGGCCUCGUACUAGGCUAUCAGCUUGCCAAAUUCAACAUCUCAGUAUGCGUCCCCGAGAAGCACGACAAGGAAAGCGGGGGCAGCUAUGGCCGCGCCAUUACGCUGUUCCCUCGCACGUGUGAGCUGCUCGAGCAGCUGGAUCUUAUCCAGCCGAUGCUCCAGCAGGGACACCCCGGACGCGUCUGGACGUUCAUGGAAAACAUCACCGGCACGGCCUUUGAUUUCGCCCUCGUCCUCCGACAGAUGUAUACGGAGGCUAUCCUGCGCGAGAAGCUGCAGACCGUCGGUACUGCGUACUAUCCCGCGACAGAGUGCGUGGAUUAUGAGAUUGACCCCGACGCGGGGAAUAACUACCCUGUUACUGUAACAUGCAUCGACCAUAGAACACAGAGUAAUAUCAUCCUGAAGGGGAAAUACCUCGUCGGCGCCGACGGCGGCCGAAGCUUCGUCCGAAAGCAAGCCAACAUCCCGUUCGAUGGCGACACGUCCGAAGAUCAAUGGAUACGAAUCGACGGGAUAGUCGAGACCGACAUGCCCAUCAGUCGGGCAUACGGACCCAGCGCCAUAGAAAGCAAGACCCACGGGAACGUCUUAUGGGCGCCUCUUGACCAUGGCGCAACGCGCAUCGGCUACGCAUACACACCGGAAAUCGCCGCCAGAUACCCCGAUGGAGUCACCCAAGAGGUUGCAGAGACGGAGGCCAUCCGCGCGAUGGCCCCGUUCCAUGUCCGGUUUACCGAGGUGCAUUGGUGGACGCUGUGA